CCGGCUUGGCGCAAGCAAAGAUGUUGUUCGAUUUGUCAUCCCUGCGAACUACUGCAGCGAGCAGCGAGUUGGUAGCUGUUCGUGGAAAAGGACCUCGGUUUGCAUGCUCCAUCAUGAGAACCAUGCAUCAAGCCCAUUCCCCCUCCAUAAGAGAUGCCUAUGCGCAUCCGAGGCGUAAAGUGCGUUGUUCGAGUACUUGAGCUGCUCUCUUGGACCUGUGCACUGCUUGUUUUUCAUGUGGAAAAGUAAUCGUAUCUCGGUGUAAUCUGACCACAAAAUAUUGGCUUACACCAGACUCAAACGCCAUCAUGCCGAUGCAUCAAGGACUCAUCCCACGAGAAGGCUUUUGCGCUGACGUUGUACUACGACUCAUUCGUCAGACUGCUCUCAACCCAGCUCUCCUACUUCCACUCGUGCUGUUCGCUCGCCUCACCAAGAAGGGCCAAGACCUAUCCAUUCUUCAUCCUAGCGCCUCCGGUCACCUCAAAACACUAUUCUACGUUGCUCUGGCGCGAUGGGCCAGCGGAUGGUGGUCCGAUAAGACCAGAAAUAACUGGGUUGACGACAAAUAUGACUGGAAGCGCGAAGUUGUUCUCGUAACAGGUGGCGCAGGAGGUAUUGGAGGGCGAAUUGUGAAGCUUUUUGAGGAAAUGGGCGUCAAAGUUGUCGUUCUUGAUGUUCAGCCCAUGUCUUUCGAAGUUUCGGCCAACGUGCACCACUUUCGAUGCGACCUACGAUCGCCCGAAAACGUCGAGGCCGUCGCUGAAAAGAUUAGGGCUGAGGUGGGACAUCCGACCGUCGUUAUCAACGUGGCUGGAGUUGUCAGGGGCAAGACUAUCUUGGAUUCUCAGCCAAGCGAUAUCCGCUUCACCUUUGACGUCAAUACCUUUGCGCCCUUUUGGAUAGCAAAGACAUUUGUUCCUGAUAUGGUCGCUAAAAACCACGGCAUGGUUGUAACCCUGACAUCUUAUGCGAGCUGGUUGACAAUUCCUAACCUGGUAGACUAUGGUGCUUCAAAAGCAGCUGCUUUAGCUUUCCACGAAGGCUUGACCGCUGAGUUGACUACCAGAUAUAAUGCGCCCAAGGUCAGGACUGUUAUCGUCCAUCCAGGCCCCACCAACACUGCUCUUUUCAAGGGAUACUACCAAAACACUGACUUCUUGAUGCCACCACUUGCACCCGAGUCAGUGGCCGAUGCAGUGGUUAGGCAGGUUCUCACAGGGCGUAGUGGGCAUGUUGUGAUUCCUGGCACGGGUACCAUUCUGGCUGCUUUACGUAUGCAACCUGACUGGUAUGCAAUUCCAGUAAGAGCCAAGGCAGAGGCAUAUAUGAAGAACUUCAGUGGUCGUCAAGUCAUUGAGGAUGUGGAUACAGCCAUUGAGAACGAUGGUGAGGAGAAGGAAGCUGACGGGAACGCAACCGCCAGUACGGUUUUGGUGUCCUGAUUAAGACUGCCUUGUUACUAGAAUGUUGCGGAUGAAUUGUGGUUGCUAUUGCUUCAUUUUGCCAUAUUGUACCGCGUAUACGUUAUCACAUUGUAUGUGACUAAUUGUGGUAAGUCACACAGAACUGGUCGUGAUAUCAUUGAUUCUCACUAUCAAGGAAUGUAAUCCCAGCAUAUGGUGGCCAAUGAAUGUAACACUAGAACAUUGAAGACAUUGUGAAUCAUUGUUCUCUGCAAUACUAUGCAGUUUUCAUACGUGUCUACUGAGGUAGGGCCCAUGAGUUUCCAACAGAGAUACUUGAUAAACUCAUUCUCGAGCCAAUUCAAAGUGUCACUCCUCACUACAAGACCCAACGUCCGAUUGAAAAGGGCGUGCGUGGGAGCUCGGGCUGCCCAGAUACCUAAGUCCGAACCAGCCUGUGCGUUAUAGGUCAUCCAUGUAAUAGAGUACCAUUGUGUUGGUGAUGUCCCAGCCCGGAUGUUAUGUCAUGUUGGUGGUGCCAACUGACUGAUUUGAGAGCACUCAGACAUGCCGCUCUAGUAGGAUGCAUAUAACGCGCGGCAUAACUCGAGUGAUAGCCAGGCAUGAGCCGAUAUAAUGAUGCGAUAAAUGAGUCAACAGAUUGGCAUCCAGGACUUGGGUUGGCUCCAAUGCGGAAUACUCCCAAUGGGUGAGCUGGCGGCAAGGCACCUACAGACAAGAUGAGAUGAGAGACGUCGCUUACGCUGCACUGCGCAAAAGGAUCAGCUCCGAUGUUGAUACAUAUACAAUAUUUGUGAUGAGUUUGACAGCUUGCAUAUGCAAUCGAGGUGAAAAGGGGGACCGUUCUGCCAGAUACCUUGCUCAAUUGUAUAUCAUGAGAUGAUCAUCGUUCGCUGCAUGUCGUGGUGAAGGGCUCCAUCGUCAGCUCAACUGCCUGAAAUGUGGCAGCGUAACAUGUAGGGCAUGGGUCUUUGCAGACUGUACCCAGGGUUCAUCCUGGACAGGAGAUGGCAGACUAUGAGAAUUUGAGAAUUUGAGAAAACUAUGUGGCUGUCCGUUUGAGUAACCAAACGGCGUUGAGAAAAUUGCAACACUGGCAGGUUGCGUUGAAUCUGCAUGCUAGUCCCUAAUUCAGCAUCAUGCUUGCGUCUUCUGUUGCACAGGACGAUAUCAGGUACAUAAGCUGAGCACUGAGCUAAUACCUGCAUGUAUCAGUUUGAAUCUGUGUGUUACUGCCAGCAGAUCCAUCCCAUCUGAGUCAAUGAAACGGUUCCUAUAUAUAACACAACUUACGGUGUGGCUUUGCUGGAUAUUGUCAAUUCCCCGACUUUAGACAACUUCAGCUGAUAACCUACAGGACUUAACCAGAUCUGUCAUUGACUUACAAAACUUCAGACAAAGGCCGGGGAAACCGGUGUCAGAUGGAUGGAUCGCAUCCGCUCGCGGUGCUUGAUAAUGACACCGCCCGAGAACGGCCUCAUCCUGGUUCAGAGACCCUGAGUUCCUGUCGGCGUAUUGGAGAAGAGGCAAAAGGAACUUAAUAACAUGCGAUGUCAGACCCUGAUACUCCAUCGUUCAUGUCCUGACCGCAGCCAAAUCACUGGACCAAAGCUGAAAAGGGUAUAACAGGUUAGCAGAUGCGGAUUGAAUAUUGUACGAGAAGCCCAUCUACGUACAUAACAAGUGCAUGAUCCUUGCUGCUGUCAGAGCAGUAAACACACAAUCUGGUGCCAGACACACCACGUUUUCAUCGGAGACUAGUAGCCGCAGAAGUGGAUUCUUUGACGAAACAGUGCGAGCGUGUGGCACGGGUUCAACGUCUUUUUUGUCUUGGUCCAAAGUGUCAUUGUACAGUAAAGGAGGAGAAGGUGGUGGUGUUGAGGAUUGGUCUAGGUCUUGGUGCAUGACCUGGUCCGUGGUCUAGCCUUCUAGACCUUCUUUCUAGCAGUGUUAUUUUCUGCCAUUGAUUUGUCACUAUUUGUUUCAGAGAUAUCUACACUUUGAUAUAAAUGUUUGUGCUCGGAUCUGGUUAAAAGUGAUGAUGCCAACCGGGCUGUUUCACCUAUUUUUUUCUUCAAAACUUCCGGUGCUUUGGCUUUGGGGUUCAUAAAAGCAUUCAAUUCAUCAAUUAUCGUCCAAUCACAUGCUAUAUCGUCAAGCGGGGACAGGUCCAGAGACAGCAUGUGGAUCCCUUCAAGUUGCAUUCCAACAGGAAGGACCCAUUGAAAAAGAGUGAACGAGCUUGGCGGAAGCAUUUGAGGAAGGGCCCUGGAAGUUAGACCCAGUUGAACGUGU